AUCCUAGUGGAGAAGAGGGUAUUUAAGACCCAGACAGAGAACUAUUAGCAGGAGUUCGGUUUACACAGGUUUUUGUGACAGGAGGAAGAAAAUCAUUGUGAUCAGUGUGCGAAAGAUGAGUCAAACAAGUAUCAUUAUUUGGAUGCUUCCACUAACGCUUAUACUUGUGAGGGAAGUAUCUACGAGUAUCUAUAUUGUUCCGGCAGUUGGAAAGAGUUAUCUAGGAGAAGAGAAGUUUUUCAUGUGCAGAACAUCUGGACGAGAGGCUACACUUAUAUGGAAGAACCCUAGUAAAGAAGAGAUAGAUGACUCAGAAGAUAAAUUUGAAAUUGAAGUAGUAGAUGAAACAACAAGUAAACUGAUAUUUAAAUCAGUCCAAAUAGAAGAUGGAGGACAGUACACGUGUGAAGCUUCAUUUUCUGAAGGAGAUAAAGCUGUUGCUAAUGUCACGGUUACAGUUAUCAAAACACCAACAUUCACAAACAUGAAUACCACCCAGCAGUAUUUAGAAGGUGACGAUGCUGAUAUUGCUUGUGAUGUAGAAGGAAUUCCUUCUCCUGAGGUGACUUGGACACAUAAUGGGCAUGACAUCUCCAACAGACAAAAUGACCGAAUCUCCAUUCAAGCAAACAACCACCUACAAAUCAAAAAAAUACAUCGAUUAGAUGAUGGGAUCUAUGUCUGUAAUGCAAGCAUCAGAGAAUGGAAUGAAGUAAAUUCCAUAAAUAUUUCCGUGCUCGUUGAUCAUUCUCCUGUCUUUGAAGGGAACAAGACAGAAUCUCUGUAUGCAGUAACUGGGAGACCUGUCAAUUUCUCAUUCACCAUCAGUGCCAGGCCUAAAGCAACUUUAUCUCUAACACUAAAUGGUACUGAUAUUGGGACUAAACAAAUUAAUGAAACAGCAAAGCAAGGAACAACACAACAUUUAUACUUCCAAGGAAUAGAAAAUGAUUCUGGUACCUAUAUUGUAACUGCACGCAACAAGAUGGGGUCAGCAUCCAAGACAUUCAUUGUUAGAGAAACAGACUCUCCAAAGAAGGGCAUUGGUACAGGUGGUAUUGUGGCCAUCGCUAUAGUCAUAUUCCUGAUUGUGCUAAUUGCAGUUGAUGUAUCCUUUUACUACACCAACCAAUGUGGAAUGCUGAUGUGCAUUGCUAUCAAUCUUCUUGGCAAACAACCCUUAGAGGCCAAACAGAUUAAUGCAGAACAAGGAAACGUUACAGUCACAAUGAACCAAUCAAAUGAUAAAGGCUGCUUGACAAGUGCCCCAUAUAGUGUGGCAUAAUACAUUCAUCUCCAUUAGCCAAUGAAAAGCUGCCUUCAGAAUUAGCAUCUCCUGGUUUUUAUCAGUUUAUCUUUAAUAUCAUACAACUGUAUAAUGAAUCGUGAACAAAAUUCCAAGAGACUAGUCAACUGUAUUUAGUUUGUUCUACAGUAUGUUUGCUUCAAUUCUCUU